UUCUCCACCGAAGCUGUCCAGUCUCCGCAAUGGCGAGUCUCUCCCUACGCCCGGGUCAGCUGCAGCUGCUGCCACCGCUGCUGCUGUUGCUGCUGCUACUACCGCCGCCUCCGUCCGCGGGAGCUGAGCCGCCGGCAGAGGACCAAGAGCUCAGCGUGCGGCUGGAAGCCAUCCGCAGCAGCAUCCUCGGACGGCUCGGGAUGUCCGAGCCCCCCAAAGUGAGCCCGCCGCGUCUCGACCCCGCAGAGCUCCAGAGACUUAAGCACCGCUACGAAGAGUUUCUGGCCCAGCUGAGGACCAACCGGAGUCAGGAGGCGACACGCUCGGGUCGUAGUUUGGGUCCCAGUAUCCCCAAGGUCCGGAUCCUGACGCCCAAACUUGAGCUCAGCCGGAACAGCCGCGGCGCGCGUCUCCACCUGCUGCUCGACCGGGAGGCUCUGACUGAAGGGAUGCCGGAGGAGACGCGGGUGAUACGCGCCCACCUGCGGCUGUUUCUGCAGCCACCCUCCCCACCGACCCGGACGGACAGGGCCACCUCGCGGUUAGAUGCUGAGGCCAAGAGCCUGAGGCUCGACCUGACGCGGCCGAUGAAGCGUUGGCUCCAGCAAGGCAGAGCUCCAGCGCCCGAGCUGCGGCUGCCCCUGGCUUUGCCUCCCGACGUGUCCCGGGAGCUGCUCGGACAGCCCCGGGCCCCGCGCGCCAGCCUGCGCGUAAAGUUCCAAGGGCGGCCCCACGGGAAGCCCCGCAGGGCGCGCGCGCUGGAGCUGGACAAAAGCUGUGAAGAGGGAGGCGUUCGCCGCUGCUGCGCCCGCACGCAGCGUGUGUCCUUCGAAGAGAUUGGCUGGACGGACUGGGUGCUGGCGCCGCGCGAGUAUGAGAUGCGCUUCUGCGAGGGCUCCUGCCCCCACAACUACCGGCCGGCGAGCAUGCACGCACAGCUCAAGGCGCGCCUGCACCGCGUGGCCCCCAACGUUGUGGGGCCACCCUGCUGCGUGCCCUCUGCCUACGAGCCCAUAGUACUCAUGCACUACGGCAGUGAUGGGAACGUGGCGCUCACACCCUUUGAAGACCUGGUCCCCAAGGCCUGCCACUGCGCCUGACGCAGUGGGACCUGCAAAGUGGUAGAGGCUGGACAUUGACGGGAUCGGAAGGGCGGACAUCCAGGUUCCCGUCUCCCCAGACUAACUAGACAUUCCAAAGCUGAUUUUUAGACUUGGAAUCCAGUGACUGAAGAAUAGGGCUAAAGGUGGCCAACGAUGGCAUCUGUUUCCUGCCUCCCUGGCUUGGGAGAAGCAACUGUAUUUAUAGAGGUGUAUUUAUUGAUAAUUUAUUGGGGCUGAGGGGGUGGCGGGGUGGAAGAUUUGUACAACUCUUGUUUCCUGGUGUGUAUUUAUAAUGGCCUGUUACAAAAUGGAUCUCUGUUACUUUGAAAAGUGGAUUUAAAAUAAAUACUAAAACUGAA